AUGGACCCCACGGACUUCACUGUCGACCUGCUUGAGAAGCACCUCCUUGCAGCUGAGACUAGCAUAAUUGUUGUAGGUGCUGCUCGUGGCACUCCUCACACUCCCUUCUUUGAGGGGUGUUCCCCUUCCCCCCUUGCCCCCUCCUACGCUUCUGCUGCUGCUGUUGACCUCCUUGGUGUUGAGGAGGUCGGGGCUGCGUCUGCUCCUAAUGGGAGGCGCCGCAGCGGCAAGGGCAAGGGAGGCAAAGGUGGUGGAGGUGGCAGCGGGGGAGGCGGUGGUGGAGGCGGUGGAGGCGGUGGAGGUGGCGGUGGGGACGGUGGGAGUGGUGGCGGGAGUGGGGGCGCAGGUAGCGGCAAUGGUGGUAGCAAUGAGAGUGGUGGAGGCGGUGGUGGCGGCAGUGGGAGUAAUGGCGGUGGUGGCAGCGGCGGCGGUAGCGGUUGGGGUGGACCCGGUCAGAGGGGAGGUUCCGGCGGUGGUCAGAGGCAGCAGCAGCAGCAUCCCUCGCGGAGCAGGGCAGGGCAGCCGCGCAUGCAGGGCAACAGCGCGGAGCAGAGCAGGGGCAGCAACAGGCGGCAACGGGCAGCACAGGCACGGGCAGCAACGGGCGGCGACGGGCAGCACACGCACGGGCAGCAACGGGCGGCAACGGGCAGCACAGGCACGGGCAUCAACGGGCGGCAACGGGCAGCACAGGCACGGGCAGCAACGGGCGGCAACGGGCAGCACAGGCACGGGCAGCAACGGGCGGCAACGGGCAGCACAGGCACGGGCAGCAACAGGCGGCAACGGGCAGCACAGGCACGGGCAGCAACGAGCGGCAACUGGCAGCACAGGCACGGGCAGCAACGGGCGGCAACGGGCAGCACAGGCAUGGGCAGCAACAGGCAGCAACGGGCAGCACAGGCACGGGCAGCAACGGGCGGCAACGGGCAGCACAGGCACGGGCAGCAACAGGCAGCAACGGGCAGCACAGGCACAGGCAGCAACGCGCGGCAACAGGCAGCACAGGCGCGGGCAGCAACAGGCAGCACAGGCACGGGCAGCAACGGGCGGCAACAGGCAGCACAGGCACAGGCAGCAACGGGUGGCAACGGGCAGCACAGGCACAGGCAGCAACAGGCAGCAACGGGCAGCACAGGCACAGGCAGCAACGGGCGGCAACAGGCAGCACAGGCACGGGCAGCAACGGGCGGCAACGGGCAGCACAGGCACGGGCAGCAACGGGCGGCAACAGGCAGCACAGGCACAGGCAGCAACGGGCGGCAACAGGCAGCACAGGCACGGGCAGCAACAGGCAGCACAGGCACGGGCAGCAACGGGCGGCAACGGGGAGCACAGGCACGGGCAGCAACAGGCGGCAACGGGCAGCACAGGCACGGGCAGCAACAGGCAGCAACGGGCAGCACAGGCACAGGCAGCAACGGGCGGCAACAGGCAGCAUAG